AUGUGCGCUGUCUGUGCAAGGAAUAGGCGGCGGCGGUUUGGGCGACGGCGGCGGCGGCUGCUUGUAGCGGUUCAAGUCAAAAGCGAAGACACCUCCACACCCACUGUUAUUUCGGUCUCUACCUCCGUAAUUUUUCAUUCUACUCUUCCCACCCACUCACCGUUUUUCUUUCCUUCUUUCUUUCUUUCUUUCUUUCUUUCUUUCUUUCUUUCUUUCUUGAACUUACCGUUUUUCUUUCUUCCUAUCUUGUACUCACCGUUUUUCUUUCUUUCUUUCUUUCUUUCUUUCUUUCUUUCUUUCUUUCUUUCUUUCUUACACACAUGUUUUUUUUCUUUCUUCCUAUCUUGCAUUCACCGUUUUUCUCCUUUUCUUUCUUUUUCGUUCUUCCUUUCUUUCUUUUUUCUUUCUUUUUUUUUCUUUCUUUCUUGCCUUCACCGUUUUUCUUUCUUUCAAUUUUUGCACUCGUCAUUUUCCUUUCUUUUUUGCACUCACCGUUGUUUUUCUUUCUUUCUUUCUUACUUUCUUUCUUUUUUGCUUUCUCAUUUGCAUACACUGUUUUUCUUUCUAUCUUUUUUUGCACACUCCGUUUUUUUCCUUUAUUGCUUUCUUUCUUUCACCGUUUUCCUUUCUUUCUUUCUUUCUUUCUUUUUUUUUUCUUUCUUUCUUUCUUUCUUUCUUUCUUUCUUUCUUUCUUGCACAUAUCUCACCGUUUUUCUUUCUGUCUUCUUUUUUGCACUUGCCAUUUUUUUUUCUCCCUUUCUGACUUUUACUCGUUUUUCUUUCUUUCUCUUUUGCACUUACCAUUUUUCUUUCUUUCUUUCUUUCUUUCUUUCUUUCUUUCUUUCUUUCUUUCUUCUUUCUUUCUUUCUUGCACUCACCACUUUCUUUCUUGCUUGCACUAACCUUUUUUCCUUUUUUUUUCUUUCUUUCUGGCACCCGCCGUUUCUUUCUUUCUUUCUUUCUUUCUUUCGUUCUUUCUUUCUUUCACUUGUUUUUCUUUCUUUUUUGCACUCGCCGUUUUUCUUUCUUUCUUUCUUUCUUUCUUUCUUUCUUUCUUUCUUUCUUUCUUUCUUUCUUUCUCGCACUGUUUUUUUUAUUUUUUUUUUCUUUAUUUCAUUUUUUCCUACUCUCAAUCCUCUCCCUCCCUCGAGUCGUUUCCCCGACCCCAACUUUCCAUUGCCUUUACCCCGCCUACUUCCUUCUGAGUUGUUGUUUGUAGCAAAUCUCGGGUCACGUGUUCGCAAACGUUCGACCGGGGAAACGUUACUCCUGCUUGUCUCUGUUCGAUUGUGUUCCUCACAUUUUGUGCCUAAUAGACAUUACUCCUUCUUUUCUCUGUUCGAUUGUGUUCCUUACACUUUGGGCCUGAUAGACGUUACUCCUGUUUGUCUCUGUUCGAUGCUGUUCCUCAAUGUUUAUCCCGGAUAUACGUUACUCUUGCUUGUUGCUCUUCGAUGCCGUUGUUUAUUCCUUGUAGACGAUACUCCUGCUUGUCUCUCUUCGAUAUUGUUCCUCACUGUUUGGCCCUACUUCUCUCUGUUUAAAGUACUUUCUCACUCUUCAUCCUUGAUAGACGUUACUCCUACUUAUACUCACUGUUUGUCCCUGAUAGAUGUUACUCCUGCUUGUCUCUAUUCAAUGGUGUUCCUCACUCUUUGCCUUGAUAGACAUUACUCUUGCUUCUCUCUGUUCGAUGCCGUAACUUACUCUUUGGUCCUGACAUUACUCCUGCUACUCUCUAUUCGAUUAUGUCCCUCACUCUUUGGCUCUGAUAGACAUUACUCCUGCUUCUCUCUAUUCGAUUAUGUCCCUCACUCUUUGGCUCUGAUAGACAUUACUCCUGCUUCUCUCUUUCGAUUAUGUCCCUCCUCUUUGUCUCUGAUUAUCCCUCUCUCUAUUCGAUUAUGUCCCUCACUCUUUGGCUCUGAUAGACAUUACUCCUGCUUCUCUCUAUUCGAUUAUGUCCCUCACUCUUUGGCUCUGAUAGACAUUACUCUCUAUUCUUCUCCCUCAUUCUGA